AGCUGUCAGUGGACGUAGACGAGGCUUUGUGGACGAACAGCGGCUUAAAAUGCAGCUCGGUGACGGUUCCUUUAGUCUAUCACGUCGUCGGAUGCACAAUAAGCGUCGGGUGUUAGGCGUUAAAGUAUAGCGUGUGGACCGGCGGCACACAAACGCAGACUUUUCUCGACUGAUUUCAUCCUCAGAGCUGACGGUGGACUGUUUUCUGUGCACUGUCCAUCCGACACAAACUAGUCCAGACAUGAGUAACGUUAAUCUGAUUUUUUGGGACCAGUUGCAGGCUGGCAGCUCCGAGGUGGAUUGGUGUGAAGGAAAUUACCUUAUUUACCCCAGCAUCGCUGAAUUUUACAACACGAUCAGCAACAUUUUGUUUUUUGUUUUGCCGCCCAUAUUAAUGUGCUUGUUCCGCCAAUAUGCAACACAUUUCAACAGUGGGAUUUACCUCAUAUGGAUUCUUCUAGUUGUGGUUGGUAUCGGAUCAACAUAUUUCCAUGCCACCCUCAGCUUCCUCGGCCAAAUGCUGGACGAGUUGGCCAUAUUAUGGGUGCUCAUGUGCGCCAUCGCCAUGUGGUUUCCUAAGCGAUAUCUACCUAAGAUGUUCAGGAGGGAUCGGUCAAGGUUCAAAGUGGUCAUCGGCAUCUUGUCAGGGAUCACCACCGGCUUGGCCUUUGUUAAACCUGUCGUCAACUCCUUGUCACUCAUGACUCUGGGCAUCCCCUGCACCGCACUGCUCAUCACUGAGCUCAAAAGGUGUGAAAACCCACGUGUGUUCAAGCUGGGCCUGAUCUCAGGGUUCUGGUGGGCGCUGGCUCUGCUUUGCUGGAUCAGUGACAGGAUAUUCUGCGAAAUGUGGUCAUCUGUCAACUUUCCAUAUUUACACUGUGCUUGGCACAUCCUCAUUUGUCUUGCUUCUUACCUUGGUUGCGUUUGCUUCGCCUAUUUUGAUGUCGCGACCGAAGCCCCAGAGCGAGGCCCGGUCAUCAUGUUCUGGCCCAAUGAGAAGUGGGCCUUCAUCGGUGUGCCCUACGUUUCCUUACUCUGUGUCCACAAGAAGUCGGCUGUCAAGGUGACUUAAGGUGACCAGUCUGCUGCUCUGUUCGCUGUGCUUCGACACUUCUCAUCAGGACAUGUCCCAGCUACACAGCAGUAACACACCUCCAUGUCUGUGUCAGUCAGGUCACAUCCACUGGUGCUCUUCUGACUAGACGAUGCUUUAUGAUGCACAUUUUUGCCAAACCGUGAGGAUUUGUUUUCAUUUCCCUCCCUGGUCUGGUCUUUUUUACACAGCAGUGUUUAUGCAACUCAAAGAACAAAGGGUGUCAGUAAUUUAUCCAGCUUAGUGACCUGGCUCAAUUUUUUUUUUUUUUUUUUUUAAUGCAGUUUUGAAGCCAAGAAACCUUUUUGAGAGUUCUCACACUUGGCUGAAGAUCAAGUACAGUUUCAGUGUCAUGAUUCUUCAAAGUUUUUACAUUUUCUAAUAACUCAGAAAACCUCAGAAUAAAGCAAUUUAUUGCCUUAGAAACAUAACGAUAGCAUCUUAUAGGUGCAGCCUGGCUAUUAGAAGUCCACUUUUAGAAUCAAUAAAGCACUGGAUACAUUUACUGUGAUUAAUGCGUAAUGCAUUAGAGUAACCUCCUAUAUUAAAGACCAUCCACACCAUGAACUAUAACUUAUUCAUUCAUGCAUUUUCCAAAGUGCUUAGACCUCCACAUAGUCAUAGGGACGCAGGAGCCUAUGACCAAUGAACGGGUGAAGGUAGAGUACACCCUGGAUGUGUCACCAGGUUAUCACAUUAAAACAAUAAAA